CUCAAUGCAGUCAGCACCACCUGAAUUGAGAGUGUUUUCUAGAAUUUGCAGCUUCGGGUGCAGCACUGACUGAUCAAUUCUCAGAGGCCAGGAGGAGUUGCUGUGACGCAGGCGGCUGGGUCCAGCCCCAACCUUCAGCUGCUUCUGAAUGACUGGAAGAUCCAAACAGCUCGGAUCAGCACCAGGCAGGCGGCGGAGCUGAGCUAGUCCGAAACUGUUGAAGAUGACAAAAGAAAAUGUGACGGAUGUUGCUUCGGAGGAAGAGCACAAAGAGCUCCACGAGCAGCAGCCAGCAGAGUUCCAGAGCCCGGUGCUAGAGAGACGCAAGAAACCUGUUGUUCACCCGUCUGCCCCAGCACCACUGCCCAAGGAUUAUGCCUUUACAUUCUUUGACCCAAAUGACCCGGCCUGCCAAGAAAUCCUAUUUGACCCCCAGACUACCAUUGCUGAGCUCUUCGCUAUCAUCAGACAGUGGGUGCCCCAGGUGCAGCAUAGGAUCGAUAUCAUCGGAAGUGAGAUUCUCAAGCGAGGUUGCCACGUGAACGAUAGGGAUGGACUGACCGACAUGACUUUAUUGCACUACGCCUGCAAGGCAGGAGCCCACGGAGUCGGGGAUCCUGUGGCUGCUGUGCGCCUGUGCAACCAGCUGAUUUCUUUGGGAGCUGAUGUCGGACUCCGCAGUCGCUGGACCAACAUGAAUGCCCUUCACUACGCCGCUUACUUUGAUGUCCCAGAGAUAGCCCGGAUCCUCCUGAAGGCUCACAAAUCGAAAGUGCUGAACUCCACCUGCAGUGAUUUCAAUCACGGCACAGCCCUGCACAUUGCAGCUUCUAACUUGUGCCUGGGAGCUGUGAAGUGUCUCCUUGAGCAUGGGGCUAAUCCAGCGGUCAGAAAUCGGAAAGGACAGGUUCCCGCGGAUGUGGUCCCAGACCCGAUGGACAUGACGCUGGACAAAGCUGAGGCUGCCAUGGUUGCCAAAGAACUGAAGCAGCUGCUGCUCGAUGCGGUACCUUUGAGCUGUAACCUUCCCAAGGUCACCUUACCAAACUAUGACAACAUCCCUGGGAACCUGAUGCUCACCUCAUUGGGUCUCAAACUCGGGGACAGAGUCAUCGUAGAUACAGACAAGGCUGGAACGCUGCGAUUUUGUGGCACCACCGAGUUUGCCAGUGGACAGUGGGUUGGCGUCGAGCUAGAUGAGCCCGAAGGGAAGAAUGAUGGCAGUGUUGGAGGAAUAAGCUAUUUCAUUUGCCCUCCGAAACAUGGUUAUUUUUCUCCAGUGUCUAAAAUCAGUAAAGCUCCCGAUCAGACCCCGUCUUCUGUAACCUCGACACCUAAAACUCCCAGAAUGGAUUUCUCUCGAAUGACAGGGAAGAUGAAGAAAGAUAAAAAAGCCUUGAGAAGGAAGUCCUUGUCAGUGGGAAGCCUUGAUCGAGAAGGUGUGAAGAUCGAGAUUGGAGACCAAGUGUUGGUUGCGGGUCAGAAACCAGGAAUAAUUCGGUAUUACGGUAAAACAGACUUUGCUCCAGGGUACUGGUAUGGUAUCGAGCUGGAUAAGGCGACUGGGAAGCACGAUGGCUCAGUGUUUGGUGUCCGGUAUUAUACCUGCUCUCCAAAAUAUGGCGUGUUUGCUCCUCCUUCCAGGGUGCAGAGGAUUGGUGGACCUAAGGGACCCCCAAGUGAUGGGACCAUUGGCAAAAAAAUUCACCAAGUAACAAUGACUCAACCCAAGAGAAAUUUAGCAGCUGUGAGGACUCCCAAAGACAUCACAUCAGAGAGCUCCAUAUCCAGAUUACUGUUCUGCUGUUGGUUCCCCUGGAUGCUGAGAGCAGAAAUGCAGUCGUAAAAAAAACCUUCUCACCCUCCUCCUCGGACUCUACUCUUCCUCCUCAACUUGGUUCUUUAUUUGUGCUCUGGAGAAAGACUGCCAAUCACAAUCUUAGAUACUAGUUCAGCUAGAUGCAGUCAUAGUUGAUUCUAGUGCCUUGUACCUUAAUUAAAUAUCCCUGCAUUCCACAGUAGUUUAAAUAGAUGAGAUGACCUUUCCUUUGAUACUGAUUGAAAGAUAUAUAUAUAUAAAAUUAUAUAUAAAUGUA